CUCUUUUUGCUCGUAUCUUAUUGAAUCGAGUGUUGAUGGUCGUCGCAAUCGGACGUGUAUAUUUAUUUGUUGUGAAACGUGUACAUCUAGUUUAUUUUGAUCGAUGCGAAAUUCACAAAAUCGAAUCACGAAACAAAACGAAGCGAAUAAAAGUAUAAGUGCAACGAAUGCGAUAGUUUUGAAACGAAUGAACAGAAAAAAGUUGCCUGUUUUCAAUAUGAUGGAUAAGGUUGAAACUAGUGAAUUUCCAAAAUCAGUUUUUCAUGGAAUAUAAACAAAGUCUGUCGAAAAUUAAAUUGAAUCGUAUCAAAAAGGCAGUGUCGUCUUGAACUGCAUGAACAUUGCAGUGUGAACGUGGCGAAAAAAGAGAGAAAACCGCAGCACGAAAACAGAUUCACAGAUUCUGGUGAAGGGCAGAAAACCGCAAACAUAUUUAAGUGCAGGCAACAUCGUUGCCGUUGAGACACUACGAAAAAAAAAAAUACAGGCUAUUUCUUUUGCCAAAAUAAAAUGGGUUUUUCAUCGGCGCUGCAAGGUAAAUCAGCGCAUGAUGCAUUGCUUUCGCGACAAGAUGCCGAACUACGAUUACUCGAAAUAAUGAAACGAUGUUUAUUACAAAAAGUUAAAUGUGAUAAAGAAUAUGCAAUCGCUUUGACGGCAGCCGCUCAACUUGGUCUUAAAAUUGAUCGUGCUGACGACUUGCAAGGAAGUCAAAUCAUGAAAGUAUGGCGUUCGUUUAUGGAAGAAUGGGAGCAAACUGCAAAGCAAUUCAAGUCGAAUGCCGAAUUCUUAGAAUCGCUGUGCCAAGAUAAGCUAACACAUUUGUACCAAGAUAAGCGCAAGACACGUAAAAAUUAUCAAGAAGAACAUCAGAAAAUAGCGACACAAUUCACAAAUAUCACAGAGGAUGUAACAAGGAAAAAAUGUGAAUAUCAAAAGCAUCUAGAAUAUUAUAAACUAUUGCGAUCGAAAUUUGAAGAGCAUUAUAUUAAAGCUGGUCGAGGGGGUCGAAAAUUAGACGAUGUUCGUGAUAAAUACCAAAAAGCAUGUCGAAAACUCCAUUUAGCGCAUAACGAAUACGUUUUAUUGAUAAGUGAAGCUUCCGAAGUUGAAACCGAUUUUCGUACAAUUUUAUUGCCCGGCUUAUUGGAGCAUCAACAAUCCAUUCAAGAAGACUUCGUCGUUGUUUGGAAGGGCAUUCUGCAAGAAGCAUCUCAAUAUAGUGAUCUUACGUCGAAUUCUUUUCAAGACAUUCAACGAAAAAUAGAAAGCAAUAUACAAAGUAUCCAUCCAGCCGAAGAAUAUCGAGAAUUUACCGAACGACACAAAACGUCACCGCCUGCACCCGUUGUGUUUCAAUUUGAUCAAACGCUUAUAGAGGACAAAGAUACAUUAGGAAAACUUCAGCCAAAUACGUUAACUGUAGAUAAUUUGACUGUAGAUUGGUUACGAAAUCGACUCACCGAGCUUGAGACAUCGGUCAAAGAAUGUCAAGAGAAACAAUCAAAAUUGGAAAAUGGGACAAGCGUUACAGUUUCAAUACCAUCAACUUUGACAUUGACCAAUGGUCGAAAGGAGAGCAACAAACACUCGAAAGACUUUACGGUAUUACGAUGUCAAGAAAAGCAAAUGCUCAAAUUGGCCGAUUUAAUAAAGACUGCAUUGAAUGAAGUUGGUUGCGAGGAGCUUCCGUCUGGAUGUGAUGAUAUUUCCGUAGAUCCAAGCUUCAUUGAAAACAACAUCAGCAAUAAUGAUCAACAACCGAUGUCACAUGCAGCAGCUGCGUUCAUUCUGCAAAAAAGCAAUGAAGUGCUGUCAAUGAUAAAAGCAUUCAAGCGAAAAACAAAUAGCAACGGUGCAAACGGUGCAACCACAACAAAAACUGAUGCGUCAAAUUCAUCGGUGCCGCAAUCGAAACGAACCUCAGCGAUGACACUGUCAACAAAUCGGCCGCUAUACGAAGAGGAAUGGUUUCAUGGAGUUCUACCACGUGAGGAAGUGGUAAGACUAUUGAAAAAUGAAGGCGAUUUUCUGGUGCGCGAAACAAUUCGAAACGAUGAAAGUCAAAUUGUGUUGAGCGUUUGUUGGAAUGGUCACAAGCAUUUCAUCGUUCAAACCACCAUUGAUGGUCACUAUCGAUUUGAAGGUCCUGCAUUUCCAAGCAUCCAAGAAUUGAUCAUGCAUCAGCAUCUAUCUGAAUUACCUGUAACUGGACGAUCGGGAGCUGUACUGAAAAGACCUGUAACUCGUGAAGUUUGGGAGUUGAGCAACGAUGACGUAAUAUUAUUGGAUAAAAUUGGACGAGGAAAUUUCGGCGAUGUUUAUAAAGCACGUUUGAAGUCAAGUAAGAAUGAAGUUGCUGUUAAAACUUGCCGAAUGACAUUACCAGACGAGCAGAAACGUAAAUUUCUGCAAGAAGGUCGCAUUUUGAAACAAUAUGAUCAUCCGAACAUAGUCAAAUUGAUUGGAAUAUGUGUACAAAAGCAACCAAUAAUGAUUGUAAUGGAGCUUGUGCAUGGUGGAUCAUUGUUAAGUUUUUUGCGAAAAAACAAUGCAACUCUCAACACGAAACAAUUAAUUGGAAUGUGUAGAGAUGCUGCGGCAGGUAUGCGGUACUUGGAGUCUAAGAAUUGCAUUCAUCGUGACUUGGCCGCCCGAAAUUGCUUAAUAGGUUACGAAAAUAUAGUUAAAAUAUCUGAUUUUGGAAUGUCUCGAGAGGAAGAGGAGUACAUUGUGUCUGAUGGAAUGAAACAAAUACCGAUCAAAUGGACCGCCCCAGAAGCACUGAAUUUCGGAAAAUAUACAUCCUUAUGCGAUGUUUGGUCAUACGGUAUUUUAAUAUGGGAAAUUUUCUCAAAAGGCGAUACUCCCUAUGCCGGAAUGAGUAAUUCCAGAGCUAGAGAACGAAUCGAUGCUGGUUAUCGAAUGCCGGCUCCUGAAUGUGCAACCCCUGAAAUUUAUAGACUCAUGCUGAAAUGUUGGGCAUAUGAACCGGAUACUAGGCCACAUUUUGACGAAAUAUACACAAUCGUAGAUUCUCUCUAAAGUCCAUCGUAGAUAAUUUAAGAAGAUCUAAAAAAAAACUCACACACAAUUCAUGGAAAUAAUUAAAUAAACAUUAAAAAAUGCUUCACCUCAAAUACAAAUACAU